AAGAACAACGUCAUGAACUGUUCGGGUAAUUUACCGAGGGCGCUUGAAUGUAGCAGUCUUGCGUACAACGGUUGGCUGGCUGGCACUGGCGAGUAAAUAGUGCCACUGGUAAUUUGACACUCAGGUCACUGGUAAAAAUGACUUUUUAACGGUGACAACUUCGAAGUUUAGAGUCGCUGGUUCGAGCGAGGGGACCUUGCCACCUCCUGGCUGAGCGGCGAAAAAAAGAAAGCACCUGGGCAAGAGAGCGUUCACCGUUGUCUGCAUUAUGUCAAAACUACCAGGCAACGCAGGUGUGUCGCUGCUCGGGGACAAGUCGCUGGACUUCUACCGGGACCCGGUGCUCUUCUGCCGGGAGAAGAUGGAUAAACACGGUAGCAGGGUGUUUCAAAGCCGCUUGAUGAACAGACCCACCGCCUUCGUGUGCUCGGCGCAGGGGAUGAAGGAGCUGCUGUGCGAGAAGUCCAAUGUGUUUCUGAAGGACCCGACUGAUGUGAUGACCAAUAUGUACGGUGACACCAUUGUUACCACUAACGGUGAAGAAGCGUGUCUUCUCCGUCUGUCUCUCACCAGCUUGUUUAGAGGAAGUUGUUUAGAAUCGUCAAGUGAUUACAUCACCAGUGUGUGUGAACAGUGUCUCAAGGAUCUCGUCCACAGUGGUGAGCCAAGGUGUGUGUACACUGAAUUUAAGCAGCUUGGGACAGAGUUGGUUUUAGGUCUUUUUCUCAACGUACAUGCUGACGAGCAGCCAGAACUUUUCAAGAAAAUCACACAGCUCUGCACUCAGCACUGGCAUGGUCUCAUCUCUGCUCCAGUAAAUGUAAAGGUCCCUUUGUGGUCAUCUGGUUUUUCCAUGGCCUUGGAGGCCAGAGACCAGUUGAUGGAAAUCAUCAAAGAGAAACUGGAGAAUGACGCAGAGGGUUUUGUGGGCUCCCUGAGGUCUCUGCCGCUGCCCGGCUCGGGCUGUGCUUCCCAGCAUCUCCUUCUGUUCAUCUCAGCCCUCAUCCCCAAAGCUCUGGCAUCACUACUCACCUCGUUCACUGUGGCUCUCAGUGGAAAAGAACAGGAGGAAACCCGUCGACGAGCGUUGAUGGAUGCUGAUUAUCUGCAAGGAGUCCUGCUGGAAGUUCAGAGACUCUGGCCUCCUUUCAUUGGUGGGCGCAGGAUAGCAGAAAAGGACACUACCCUCGCAGGUUUUCAUGUCCCAAAGGGAUAUGGUGCAAUCUAUAUCAGUCAUGCCAUCCACCGGGACCCGCAGGUGUUUGAGCAGCCUGACAGCUUCCUGCCAGAGAGAUGGAGCGGAAGGAAUGCAGACCACAAGCACUUCCUUUGUUCCUUUGGCAGUGGAUCUCGAAACUGCAUUGGUAUUAAACUUACGAAUGUCUUCCUUAAGGAAGCAUGCACGUUCCUCUUAACGCACUAUGACUGGUGUCUGGACCCUCCAUCACAAAACCUGGACUACAAAUGGCUGCCUGUGUCUCGGCCCGCGAACCCCCCCACUGUCUCCUACACUCGAAUGGACCCGGCCAGAACUGGGGGGAACAACACCACAUAGAGAAAAAAACAUACAGAACUGGGUAGUAAAAAUUCAAAUGCACAAUAGGGGACGAAAGCAAACCCAAAGAGCUUUCCCCUGCUGCUCAUUGCACAUGAAGCAUCAUGGGAAAGACUGUUUUUGCUCGCUGUGAUCCUCUGAACGGUGUGCAAUAAGAUAAAUACAUUGUUGACUAUAUCACUAUUUAAUAACAAGGUUACAAAAAUAAACAAAACUAUAGUUGCCGCCAUGAGAUUGUCACCAUAGCUUUUGUGGAACACAAUUCCCUGUUACACCUACCCUUUUGCAGUAGUGUAGUAGUCCAUCAAAACACACACACACACAUGCACAUUGAGGGUAAGCCCUGAGAUUCCAUCAGUGACUGCAAAAGUGUCCCCCCAAUAGCCCCUCCUUUUCUCCACGCUUCACCUCCUACCAACCAGCGCUGCUUAGCAACAGUUCGUCAUACCGACACUGACUUGCUUCCUUUUAGUAUGCUCACACACACACACACUAACCUGGUUAUUUUUUAAAGGAUUCAGGUGGCUUUUCUUGUGAAUCACAUGUUAAAGAUGCCAGAAUGUGUUACACAGUUCCAAAAGAAAUGACCUGGAAGAAAAAAAAUGAUUAUUUACAGUGUAGGACGUACAGGUAUUACCUUUAUAAAUGUUAAAUACCUUUUAUCCCAAGUGUCAAUCAAAGGAUCCUUAUCUAAUUUAUCGAGUCAAUCGCAGUUUCAGAGUACAUGCAGGUCCGUGUGGACUUAGACUUGCACGGCUUUAUCUGUGAGACACUCAACUCAACUUUCUUUACAGAGCACUUCACUUUGAAAAACAACUACACCUGUAACAGCGCUGUACAUAAACGAUUCAACCUAGAAUUGCCUUUAUUGUAAUUGUUUGGUGCAGAUACAACAAAAUUGGGUUUAUGCAAACAAAACUCAAACAAUUAUUUAAAAAAAAUAUUCAGCAUAUAAAACUCGCAGGAUCACUCUUGUCACGGCUCAAGAGUUUCUUGAACUAUUGCGUAUGUAUACCUAUAACACAAACCCACGUUAUCACACACUUUAAAGAAUAAGGUUAUGUUUCCAUCAGAUGGCGUUCCAAUAGCUUGAACAAUAUAGACACAGGAAACUCAUAGACUCCGAACCUUUCCACCGGAAAUGCUUAGUGUUGUUGUGUAUAUGGUCCAUCAGUUAGGAAUUAAGAAUCAAGAAUUAACGUUAAAUUUUUGGGUCAUGUUACAUGUCUUUCACCCACAAAAUCUAGCACUGUCAAAGGUCACGUCCUACAAGAUGUUUCGUAAUUAUAUAAUGUGGAAUUAUUUUUGUAUUGAUUAUUUAUUUUUUUUGUAUUGUGUUUAGUUAUUUAAAUAUCACUGAAUUUGUCAGGUUGUUUUUAUUUGGGAUUUGGAUCCUUAAAUAUAUUCCACUGCCGUUCUAUUAGCAUAGAUAAAAAAUGAAAGCAUGGUAAAAUUAGUAGUACAAAAGUAGUGGUAAAUUAGUUAAAUGUAUCAAGAUUUUUUAUCACUGGAAGAAUGGAAAUUAACAGCAAUAUUAAACAUCUUACAUGCUCAGAUAUAUGAUUUUGUCUUGCGCUUUGCCACUUAACAGACCAUACUGUGCUUUGCAUGAACACAUGCACACACUGAAUCAUAUUACUACAGACAUGAAGACUUCACAUAUACACACGGACACGUCCUUGCAGACGACGGACAGCACACUGCAUCUGGCUCAGAAUGGGGUGCUUGUUAAGAGUAGGAUGACUCACUGCCCUUCAUCCUCCAGCAACAUCUCCCAACAGCAAUUAAGGACAACAGGCCACAACCACUCUUCCUCCUGCCUCCUUCCUUUUUAUGAUGCCUUUUUCCUUUGUUUAUUUUAUUCCGCUGGAUCAAUUUAAAAGAGGGUGAGCACAAUGGCAGACAAAACAUUCAACACACUGUCAUAAGUGUUGGAAAGGAAACGUCACUGCAUUCUCAGUAAAGUUUUGACUUGUGUGAAUCAUAGCCAUUGAUGGAAAACAUUUUUUUUGCCAUUUGUUUGAAAAGUGUGUGAAUUUACAAUGAAGUGUGGAUGGUUAUUAUUUCUUUAACAAUACAAAUCCAUCUGACUGAAUAAUUUGCUAAUUUGAUGGAGAAAUAAAACAUUGUAUGUGCAUGAAUGUAGACACAA